AUGACCGAUUCGUUGACGAGAGACAUGUUGACAAUUGAUGGUUCACUUUUGGAAGGUGGUGGACAAGUCUUGCGAAAUGUGGUAGCAUUCAGUUGUAUAUUGAAAAAAUCAUUAAAGAUUGAAAAUAUUCGAGCAGGUCGUGAUAAACCAGUGUCUUCAGGAUUAAGACCACAACAUGCCACGGGUCUUCGAUUAGUUCGUGAUAUUUAUCAAGCUAAAUUGAAUGGCGAUAAGGUAGGCUCAAAGGCGAUAGUAUUUGAACCUAAUAAUGUCACCGAAGCAACUACAUUCUUGGCAGACACUAAAACUGCUGGGAGUGUAACCUUAAUGAUUCAAAUAUCAUUACCGCCACUACUCUUUUCCGCAUCACCACCAAAAUCGAUUUUUAGUCCUCCACCAUCAGCGGUAAAUGUCAUUCUAAAAGGUGGUACAAGUAGUAAAGCAGCACCUCCAAUUGAUUUUGUGAUAGAAGUAUUCAAACCGAUUGUUGAACGACAUUUCGGAUUAAAUUUCGAUGUGAAUAUAAUUGGACGAGGAUAUUAUCCGAAAGGUGGUGGUGAAGUAAUACUUCGAGUUCAACCUUUGGUGGGAAAGGCGUUAACUCCAAUUACUUUGUUGGAGCGUGGUCAUAUCGUUAGCAUUAAAGGGCGUGCUACAGUAGCAAAUUCUGGAAAUCAGGUGACACAAAAGAUGAUUAAAAGCGCAACUCGAGUAUUGAAUGAAGCCAGUUUAAAAGGAGAAGACAACAUAACUCAAAUAAAUCCUCAAAUUGAAGUUAAUCACGAAAAAAUAUCUACUGGAAAGGGGUUUGAAAUUGUGUUGUGGGCUGAGACAAGCACAGGAUGUAUAUUGGCAGGAAGUGGUGUUUUCGAUCGUGACUUGUCACCAGAACAACUUGGUGAAAAUGCUGCGAAAGAAUUGGUUUCUAAUUUGAAUCAGGGUGGAUGCGUUGAUGAAUUUCUUCAGGAUCAACUGAUUAUCUUUAUGGCACUUGCGAAAGGAAAAUCGCAAUUAUUAAUGGGUAAACCAACAUUACAUACUCGCACAGCGAUUCACUACGCCCAAGUAAUGACCGGAGUCAGAUUUGAGGUUUCUGAACUCGGUAAUAACAAUGAAGUAGUAAGUUCUAAUAUAGUUGAAGAAGGCCAGGAGGAUAGCCACGGAUUAUAUUUAAUUGAGUGUGAAGGAAUUGGAUUGGUUGCUGGUCAAAAGAUAAAUGAAGGAUAA